UUCAGCAAACAGCAGUCUCAGGUUGGCUUUUGAAUUAGCGGCGCGCGAGGACCCGGUGUCGGAGCGCCCACGAGCGCACAGCCCCUCGUGCCCAGAGACGCGCGCAGCACAAUGCUAGAAACCAAGUUUCCAUCCGCGAAAUGAAUCUCCCUAACGAAACCAGAGCCGGGAGAAGUACAGAACAUUACAUUUUCGCACUUGGCACCUACAAACUUCUCGCUUUUACCAUUGGGACUAUCGGAGUAUUCGGCUUUUGCAAUAACGUCUUUGUCAUAAUACUCUACUGUAGGUUCAAAAGACUCCGGACACCUACCAAUUUGCUGCUGGUCAACAUAAGUUUGAGCGAUUUUCUAGUUUCUGUCAUCGGAAUAAACUUUACCUUCGCUUCGUGCGUUAAAGGCGGAUGGAUUUGGAGCCAGUCGACGUGCAUAUGGGACGGCUUCAGCAACAGCUUAUUUGGCAUCGUUUCCAUCAUGACUCUGGCGGCCCUGGCUUAUGAGCGCUAUAUCCGGGUGGUCCAUGCACAGGUGGUGGACUUCCCCUGGGCAUGGCGAGCCAUCGCCCACAUCUGGCUCUACUCCCUGGCAUGGACAGGUGCUCCCCUGCUCGGGUGGAACCGCUACACUCUAGAGAUCCACAGGCUGGGCUGCUCUCUGGACUGGACCUCGAAGGACCCAAACGAUGCCUCGUUCAUCCUCUUAUUCCUCCUGGCAUGUUUCUUUGUGCCUGUUGGUGUCAUGAUCUACUGCUAUGGGAACAUCCUGUAUACAGUGCAAAGGCUGCGCUCUCUCCAAGAUCUCCAAACGGUUCAAAUCAUCAAGAUUUUGCGUUAUGAGAAGAAAGUCGCCGUGAUGUUUCUCCUGAUGAUAACCUGCUUCCUGGUUUGCUGGACACCCUACGCUGUCGUCUCCAUGAUGGAGGCCUUCGGCAGGAAGAGCAUGGUCUCUCCCACUCUGGCCAUCAUCCCAUCAUUCUUUGCCAAGUCGAGCACGGCGUACAACCCCCUCAUUUACGUCUUUAUGAGCAGAAAGUUCCGCCGCUGUUUGCUGCAGCUGCUCUGCUCUCGGAUCUCUUGGCUGCAGCGCAACCUCAAAGAGCGCCCCCUGGCUCCGAUCGAGCGUCCCAUCCGACCGAUCGUUGUGUCCAGUGCGUGCAGCAGCGCCAAGGCGCGACCCAAGAAGAGGGUGACCUUCAAUUCCUCCUCAAUCGUCUUCAUCAUCACCAGUGAUGACCUCCAGCACCUGGAUGUGACCUCCAAGGCUGGAAACUCCACGCAGUUCAAUGUUAUCCAAGUGAGGCCACUGUGAGCCAAAAACACCGGACUUCUCACCCCACCACUCCGUAUGCCUUAGGACCUAACAUGCAACUCCAAGCCAAAAUAAUCCUGUCUGACCUCCCUGGCUGUUUCUGUGUCCACACGUGGUUACAGCUUCAUGUAUAAACCCAACUGUAAGCCCAAGUUCUCAAAUAAACCAGUUUGAGUAGUAUGAAAGUUUGACAUCCUCAUCUAACAUCGGCUAUUGUGAUAUAAGUAACUUAAUGUAGUAGUGGUGGUAUUUUUCUCACACGUAUUUGUCAGAUAUGCCAUACAGUAUAUGUGACAGCUGUAGGACUUUGUUGAGUAUAUGAAACGCAGUUGAGGACCUGAGUUUGGCUUAACAUGUGGUAGCAUUUUCAUUUUUUGGUUGGUACCCAACUGUGUAUAAUGGAAUACAAGCCUUAGAUUCUUAGCCAUAACCCAUAAUGCACAAACUGACAUUACUGUGUAUGGAUUCAAUAAAGAGACCCUAUUUUAAGCUAUCUAGCCUGUUUACUUAAGCUCAUCUUAUUUCAAUGUAAAUAUCA